AUGCCUAAAGUACAACGCACACCACCUGCGUCUCCUCCAAGGGCACAAUCGGAAUCGGACUCAUCUGCUGUUGAUAAGGUUGUGGAAACACGUAAAAUACCAAUUAGAUCAAAGCGUCUUCGAGUCGAAGGGUCUCCCCAAACAAAAUUUGACGACCAAGGUGUAUUGCAGGAAUUUAAAAACGACUUGAUGGUGAUGCUUCGCGCUUGGAAAGCUGAACAAGAUGAAACACUAUCUAAACUUGUGACGGAUAUAGCGUACCUCAAGUCCCAAUGUGCUGAAAUACAAAAGUCAAAUUCUGAUAUCGAAAACUCAAUUUCAUUCAUGAAUGCCCAACAUGAAGAAUUCAAAGAAAAAAUUGCUACAUUGGAGACUGAAAAACGCGAAAAUAGAGCUUUUAUGACUGGGUUGCAGAAACAGUUUGAGGAAUUACACCAACUCUCUAGGCCUUCGUCUAUUGAAAUACGAAAUGUUCCUGAAAAAGACAAAGAAUCAGAAGGUGAACUAAUAUCCUUAGUAAAAAAACUUGGUACCACUCUGGAUAUUACCAUCCAAGACAAUGACAUUAGUGAUAUUUAUAGGCGCCCUGGAAAACCUGGAACAGUUAAAGCGAUUGUGACUGAAUUCAACUCUGUUCAAGUUAAAAAUAAUUUACUUGCUUCAUCACGACGCUUCAAUAAGGACCGUUCGAACUCAUCGAGAUUUAGUUGUGAACACUUUGGUAUGGUCGACGACAAGCGACCAGUCUAUGUGGAUGAGCAUCUGCCAUAUUCUGUUCAUUAUCGUGCUAAUACUAUUUCCAGCAACCUGCUUGUGACACACAAUUACGUGGCCGUCACGGGACCAGACGAAACGACACAAGCGGAAAAUAUUGUAGAUAAAAAAUAUAUAGUGACAUACUCCUCGGGUUAG